AUGAUGUAUCGCGGCCUCCGUCUUGCGGCCCGCGCCGCUCACAAACUCUCGCUCUAUAACACCAGCUCCGCACUGCGUCAGAUCCCCGUGCAAUUCCAGCAUGUACGGACCUACGCCGACAAGAUCAUCAAGGUGCCGGCAAUGGCCGAGUCGAUCAGCGAAGGCACGUUGAAGCAGUGGAACAAGGCUGUUGGCGACUUUGUCGAGCAGGAUGAAGAAAUUGCAACCAUCGAGACCGACAAGAUUGAUGUGGCUGUGAACGCCCCGGAAGCCGGCGUCAUCAAGGAAUUCUUGGCCAACGAAGAGGACACCGUUACCGUCGGUCAGGACCUCGUGCGCAUUGAGCUCGGCGGUGCGCCUUCGGCUGAUAAGCCGGCCGCGGAGGCGCCCAAGGAAACGCCCAAGGAGCCGACGUCCGAGCCGCAACCCGAACAAAAGGCUCCGGAACCCAAGCCGCAGGAGACGAAGCCUCAAGAGACCAAGGCGGCGCCGCCACCGCCGGCGAAGGAAGAGGCUCACACAAAGAUGCCGACAAAACCGGCCGAGACCGCCACCCUGGGCAGCCGGGAAGAGAAGAGGGUCAAGAUGAACCGGAUGCGCCUGCGCAUCGCGGAGCGUUUGAAGCAGUCGCAGAACACGGCCGCGUCGCUGACCACGUUCAAUGAGGUUGACAUGUCCGAGCUGAUGGCGUUCCGCAGCAAGUACAAGGACGAGAUCCUCAAGAAGACGGGCGUGAAGUUGGGCUUCAUGAGCGCCUUCUCCCGCGCCUGCGUGCUCGCCAUGCGCGACCUCCCCAUCGUCAACGCCUCGAUCGAGGGCCCCAACGGCGGCGACACCAUUGUGUACCGCGACUACGUCGACAUCAGCGUUGCUGUCGCCACCGAGAAGGGCCUUGUCACCCCUGUCGUCCGCAACGUCGAGGCCCUGGACCUGGUCGGCAUUGAGAAGGCUAUCGCCGAUAUGGGCAAGAAGGCUCGUGACGGCAAGCUCACGAUUGAAGACAUGGCCGGCGGCACUUUCACCAUCAGCAACGGAGGCGUCUUUGGCUCGCUGAUGGGCACCCCCAUCAUCAACCUCCCGCAGACGGCUGUGCUCGGCCUCCACGCCAUCAAGGACCGGCCUGUCGCCGUCAACGGCAAGUUGGAGAUCCGGCCCAUGAUGUACCUUGCCCUCACCUACGACCACCGUCUGCUGGAUGGCAGAGAGGCCGUGCAAUUCCUGAUCAAGGUCAAGGAGUAUAUUGAGGACCCGCGCAAGAUGCUCCUGUGA